AUGGAUCAUCAUGAUCUUCAGCUGGUGAUUCAACAACACCAAGAGGCCCUCGAGGCUACGCCGAAGGACCACCCCGAGUGGGCAGAUCGGCUCCAUGAUCUCGCAAAUUCAAUUCAUGAGAAAUACCUAAUAACUGGAGCCGAACUGGACCUAGAUUUGGCCAUUCAAAAAUUUCAGGAGACCCUCGAAGCUACUCCAAAGGACCACCGAAAGCGGGCAAGUCGGCUUCAAAAUCUUGGGAUUGGCUAUUGCGAUCGAUACGAAAGAUCAGGAGCCGAGAAACUGGCAGAUCUGGAGUUAGCUAUUCAACACCUCCAAGAGGGAGUAGAGGCUACACCACAUAACGACCCACAGCGGGCAGAUCGGCUUCAGAACCUUGGGGUUGCAUACUUCAAGAAAUCCGAGAGAACAGGAACUGAGACAGACCUAGAUCUUGCCAUGGAACAAUUCCUGAGGGCGCUUGAAGCUACGCCAGAGGAUGACCCAAAAUGGGCAUCUCGGCUUGAAUGUCUUGGAGGUGGAUACCAUGAAAGACACCAACAAGCCGAAGAUGAUGAUGACCUAGAGCUGACCAUUCUAAUUCAAAAAGAGCAAGAUAAACUUGAUGCUAUGUCAGAUAGCCACCCAAACUGGUCAGAUCAGCUCCAAACUCUUGGUAAUCGAUAUCAUGGUCGAUAUCUAAGAAGUGGAGUCUAUACAGAUAUAGAGGUGGCUAUUCAAAAAUACGAAGAGGCCCUUGAGGCUACACCAAGAAACCACCCAGACCAUGGCUGGGCAAAUCGGCUUCAUACUCUUGGAGGUGGAUAUCAUAAUAGAUACCUCCAAACAGGAGCCAAGACAGACCUAGAGCUGGCUAUUCAACGAUAUCAAGGCGCCCUCGAGGUUACACCAAAAAACCACCCAGAGCAGGCAAGUCGGCACCAUGGUCUCGGCAAAGGUUAUUUGGAGAAAUACCUUAGCACAGGGGCUGAGAGUGAUAUAGUGUCAGCUAUUGAUCAACUUCAAAAAUCCCUUGAAGCUACACCAAAGAAACACCCAGAGCGGGGAAGUCGCCUUGGGGAUCUUGGGACUGCAUACCGUGAGAGAUACCAGAAAACAGGAGCUGAGACCGAUCUAGAGCUGGCUAUCCAGAAUUAUCAAGACGCCCUUCAAGCUACACCAAAGGACCACCCAGAUUGGCAUCGUCGGCUCCAUAAUCUUGGUAACAAUUACCUUGAUAGUUAUAUAAGAAGAGGAGCUGAGAUAGAUCUGGAGCUGGCGAUUCAGAAUUAUCAAGAUGCUCUUGAUGCUACACCAAAGGGUCACCCAGAGAAGCGACAUGAACUACAGAGUCUUGGGAGCGGAUAUCUUGAAAGAUACCAGAGAACAGGACAUGGGAAAGAUCUAGAGCUAGCCAUCAAAAACUGGCUAGAGGUCCUCGAGGUUACACCAAGCAACCACUCAGAGCGGGCAGGUCAGCUCCAGAAUCUUGGAAGUGCAUACCGUGAGAGAUACCGGAGAACAGGGUCUAAGAUGGAUCUAGAACUGGCCAUUCAACAAAAUCAGGCUGCCGUUAAUGCCACACCAAAGGAUCACCCAGAUCGGGCAGGUCGUUUACAGAAUCAUGGUAAUGGAUACCAUGAUAGAUAUCUAAGAAACGGAGCUGAGAUCGACCUAGAUCUGGCUAUUCAACAAUAUCAAGAUGCCCUUGAGGCUACGCCAAAAGACCACCCAGGGCGGGCAGUUUGCCUCCAGAACCUUGGAACUGUAUACCGUGAAAGAUACUUGAGAACAAAGGCUAAAGCAGAUCUGGAGCUAGCUAUUCAACAAUAUCAGGAGGCCCUUAAAUCCACACCAAAGGACCACCCAGAGCGGGCGAGUCAGCUCCAAUAUCUUGGCCGCGGAUACCAUGACAGAUACCUAGCAAUGGAAAUCGAAAAAGAUCUAGUGGGCAUCGAAACAGAUCUAGAGCUAGCAAUUCAACAAUAUCAGGAGGCCCUUGAGGCGACACCAAAAAACCACCCAGAGCGGGCAGGUCUGCUCCAGGAUCUUGGCCGCGGAUAUGGUGAUAGAUACCGAAGAACAGAAUCCAAGACAGAUCUGGAGCUAUCUAUUCAACACUUUACAACAGCACUUCAUCAUCCUUCAUCUAUCGCCUCUGUUCGCAUAGAUUAUAUCACCAAUCUAAUUGAACUACAACUUGAAGCCGAAGACUGGCCAUCGGCAUAUGAAACCGCAUUUACUGCAAUGUCUCUCAUUUCUCAGCUCACCCCUCGCUUUCUCGAUAUUUCAGAUAAGCAACACUUGCUCAUUCAAGUUAGUGGUUUGGCUUCAGAUGCAGCCGCAAUAGCCUUAAUGGUAGGGAAAACUCCAUAUGAGGCCUUGCGAUUGCUUGAGCUUGGCCGUGGGGUCAUCAUUGGUUCCAUAAAUGAAAUGCGGCUCGACAUUUCCGACCUUCUACAGCAACAUUCUCAGCUAGCGGAAGAAUUCAUCCAGCUUCGGAAUCAACUCAAUGCGCCAACUCGCCUAGUUGAUCAGACUGAUAUGUCGAUAGCGAUAGGCCAUCAUGUUAAUCAACGUCAUGAUGCUAACGAAAAACUGGAGAACACAAUUCAGGCCAUACGGCGCUUACCUGGCUUUCAGAGAUUUCUUAUGGCCCCUUCUGAGGAAGAAAUCAAGGCAGCCGCCAGUUCAGGACCAAUUGUUAUCAUAAACAUCAGCAUUCAUCGGUGUGAUGCACUAAUAGUUGACAAGAACGAGCUCAAGGCUUUACUACUGCCCGGUCUUGAGCACAGUGAUGUUCAAGCUCGAGCAGCGGAUCUAAGGAAUCUGGGUGCGCCGGAUGUACGUUUACUGGAGUGGCUCUGGGACAUGAUUGCAAAGCCUAUUCUUGACGCGCUGGGACUUACCCAGGCGCCUGGCAAGCACCUGCCUCGGAUAUGGUGGAUUCCAACUGGGCCUCUGGCCCAAUUUCCUAUCCACGCAGCAGGGUAUCAUUUUCACGGCCUCAACACUGUCAUAGAUCGGGUCAUUUCGUCCUAUAGCUCUUCUAUCAGUGCACUCUUUCGAAUUCGCCAUCGACAUGCGACUCCUGUUAUGGAAAAAGCUUUAGGAAAAGCCGUUCUGGUUGGUAUGGGGAAAACACCUGGUCUCAAAGACCUUUCCUUUGUGCCACUGGAGAUGGAAAGGGUGGAACACCUGUGUGGCUCCUUGAAGCUAAAGGUAUCCAAGCCUCAACCUUAUCGAGAAGAUAUUCUUUCUGCUUUGAAUGACUGCGAUUUAUUCCAUUUUGCCGGUCACGGUGAGAGUGACCCCACAGAUCCGUCACAAAGCUCUUUGGUUCUGCACAGGGAGCCAUUAGUAGUAGCAGAUCUCUUCGAGACCAACCUCCUUGAUCGCAGGCCAUUCCUCGCCUACUUAUCAGCAUGCGGAACCGGACAAGUCAAGAAUGAUGUGCUCAUUGACGAGGCACUUCAUCUCAUCGCCGCAUACCAGAUUGCUGGCUUCCGACAUGUCGUUGGAACUUUAUGGGAGGUGAACGAUAGAUCAUGUGUGGAAGCUGCAACGACAUUAUAUAAGUGCUUGCAUGAAAAAAGCAUGAGUGACGAAUCCGUCAGUGAAGGUCUUCAUCGCGCAAGCAUGAAACUUCGUGAGCUAUGGAUUUCGGGUAGCAUAACCAGAGCGGCUAAUCGGAAGGCACUUUUACAAGAUACUAGUAGAAAUGCUUCAACGAUGACGGAGCAAGGAAUUUCAUGCGAAAAUGGGACGGGAGAUUUGAGAACCGCUGAAUUAUAUGAGGAUAUGCCACUAAAUUGGGUCCCUUACGUUCAUUUUGGCAUUUAG